CACAUGUGCAGAUUGAGCGAGGUCGUGUAAAUACUGCAAUUAUUCGUAGAUAUGAAGAGAGCAGUUGUAGAGGCGUCCGACGUCAAUGAUGAAAAUGUGGUCGAUCCUGUCGCAAGCAAGAAGAAACGUGAGGCAUUUAGCGCCCAUGAUUUUACCACACGUUUGAAAGAAGGCAACAUCGUGUCAGUCUUGGAAGAUUUUAUUGAAAAUGCUCGUGAUAAUUCAAGUGACAUUGUCACUGAAUACUUAAAAAUGUCACCAGAAUGCAAUGAGGUUUUUAAGCUGAUGGAUGGCGAGAAGCGUCCACCAUCGCAGAUGCAGUUGAUAUUAGAGUUGCUAGAAUGUAUCCUCCUACAUAUCAGUGAUAACACAAGCUACAAAUCCACUGCCAUGUCUAUUGUACAAAGAUUAUUAGAGAAUUACAAACGCCAACUCAAUGAUCCAUUGGGCAUUGGACGCAGUGCAAAAUAUACCAAGUCGUGUUUACGACUAUUGACUGCUAUGGUGAUGAUUGACGCCAACACUGCUAGAGAUGUACAGAAUCAUUUCGAUUUACACAGGGAAAGUUUCAUAUCACUUCUACAUAGAAGAGAUUCAAGGGCACAGUUUGAUGUGAGGGUGUGGUUUAUUCGUUUAUGUAUAUCUUUUCUUAUCAAUGGUGAUGAUCAGGUGAUACAGAAAAUGAUUGACUUCAAAGGUCUUUUCAAUACAAUGUUUAAAAACAUUUCAAAAGACAAAGCGUCAACAAUUCAUCUAAUUUUAUCAACAAUGAAGAGAAAGGGUCAAAAUUCUCAGUUGGAAGGUUUGAAUAUAAUUCGUGAAGAGAUCCAUGAUUUUCUACAAACACUGACUUGUUCACUUCGAUUUGGUAUCAAUUUCUUCGAUAGAAGUCUUGGUACAUCAGGAAGAAUACAAAACAACAUUUUGUUAAGAUUUUUACUGUCAUUGAGGUCAGCUGUAAAUGAUAUACUUGUACAAGAUUUAGUUAUUCGUAUUCUAAAAGUUUGCCCUGAUAUUAUAAAUAAGUACUUAACUGGUUGUGAUUAUACGUUUAAUCCAAGACAAUCCAUUAAAUGGUCUGCUAAUAUGAAUCUUCUCAUGAAGAUCUAUGAAAGUCAACCUGAAAUAUCGCCUGCUCUAAAGAUGGCUGACAAAGUCCCAUUAUUCAAGUUGGUUGCCAUGGUGAUGGUUACUACUGUACCUGUUGUAGCAACUAGACCUAUGAUUUUACAAGGAAUUAGGACUGAUGAUAGUUCUGUACAGAACACCAUUUUGGACUUCCUUAUAAUGAUUUUAAAUAAAGUGAAGUUCAUUGUUAAAUACACUGAGAAUUGUGAAAACUGGAUUCAGAAUUCCGUCUACUCACAAUCUGAUAUGAAGCACUUCAGUGGACUGUAUAAAGAAGCUGUUACCAAGGUGAUUCCAGAAAUCUCCUCCAUUCUCGCAUGCUGGAAUAAACUGUCAAAGAAACAGUCACAAACUGAUAAAAAUGGUGAUGAUCAAGAUGUUGAUGAUGUUGUCAUGGAAACAGAGGUCAUUGAUAGCUCUUUGGAAGUUGGAGAACAGAGUCAUUCUACAUCUGCAGAGAAUGAUGAACAAAAGCUGAAAACUGAUGAAUAUGGUACGAUGAUAAAAUCUAAAAUACUACGUAUACUGUGUUUAUAUCAAGAAAUAUUACCAGACUCAUUCUAUAGAUGUAGUCAUGAUUUUAGUCGCUUGCUAAAUGGUAUAACAACAGCGCCAUCUACAGUCCAGUUUUAUGUGCUACAGUUACUAUUGGAUUCACCUGCAGGCAAAUACCGAUGGUUUAAAGAAGUCAAAGGUCAAGGUACAAGUAUAAGCCAUUUACUUCAUUUAUUUGUCACUACCCAAGAUGCACAGGUGCUGAAAAUUGUUAACAAUCUUGUACGAAAGGUAAUUAAAAAUAAUUUGGUAUUGGUUAUUAAAAGUUACAACAUAUUAAGUAUGGGUGACAUCUCCAUGGAAACCACUGAUGUUCUGACACCAACAUCUGAUAGUGAAAUGAAUAUCCCAAAUGUUUGGCCAUCUGAGUUCUUUCCGUUCAGUCCAUUGGUUGUUGCUGUAUUACAGGAAUGGAAUUCCUCUUCACUGAAAGAUGCUGUUGAGGAUUGUUUAUUGGAUAACAUCAAAGAUGUCCUUCAUUAUCAGUUGAAACCAGAAACAUUAUGUUUGUUGGUUCAACAGACAUUUACUCCAACUGAGAAUAUAACAUCAAAUUAUCAAAGGGAACUCCUUCAUUAUUGUGAUAAAUUUACUGGAAAAAACCAACAUAUCAAG